AUGCUUAUCAUCACGGGGAAUGGUAUAACCAGUUCUGCAGGAAUGGCUUUCUCUAGACCGUCUUUACCGCCCUUUAUCACUUGUUAUCAUUUCCUAUCGUCUACUGCUCUCUCGGCGACCACCUACUAUAAGACUACAGUGCCUCAAGAAAAUGUAGCUGGAUCAAAAGGCAAUUUUCAAUCAGCCGAUGGUGACAACAAACAGUCUAAAGAAUCGAAAGAAAGCACAGAAUCUAAAUCGAAAGAAAAAGAUUUCAAACUUGCACGAACCCAAGAAUCGGCGGAAAAAAUUCACCAAGAUGCGCUACCAAGUGGCUGGUUGGGACCUGCUGGGUUGCCACCUGCGGAAGGUUAUGACAUGGGGGAGGUGAAGAGAUACGUUGAAGAGAACAGAAGCCUAGUGAAGACAGACCUCAGAUCCGUGCGCGACUUGAAAUUCGAAUACAAUCCGAAGGCACCGAUCGGAGAUGUCAGAAACAGUCCUGUUCCGGGCGCUCAGCCAUCCCCCAAGCCUGGCCCCAAACUGCUUGAGGAACAAAAAACGCAAGUAAUGUCGACAGUUAUGAUCGACGACGAAAUUAACGCUGUGGCGGUUGAUCGUACUCCAGUUCCAUCGCUAAGAUCUUUGGAAGAAGAUAGAUUCCUCUACAAUCCAAGAAAUCCUCUAGGAGAUGUCAAAAAGGGCAGAAAUAUCCCUCCUGGGAGGGGAGAUGAAUGGAAAGAAAUACCUAAAUACCCGACAAAUUUGUUCGACAAUGAAAGAAAGCACAUUAAAUUUCUUCUGGGAGUGGCGCCUCUGCUGACGAAACAACAGGAACCUCAGGAACCUCUGCGAGUCGCGGCAGGUAAUCCUUCGGAAAAGCAACUCAAGGACGAUUCUAUGAAGAUAGUCAGUCAACAUUUCCAGCAGCGGCAAGAAGCGAACGAAGCCAAACAAGAAAUGUCAGCUAAAUAUCCGCGGGAUAUCGUAGUG